ACUCAUAUUUUCCAACAAUCCCCAGUUUGCCCCCAAGCGUUUACGCUCCCCCGCCUCUAUAUAAACACUGUCCCACCACCUCUUCUUCCUUCACGCUCAAUUCAUUUUCUUCUCCUCUCUCUCUCUCUCUCUCCUAGGGUUAGGGUUUUCUCUCUUCAUCACUCUCUGUGUCGCUCCGUUUCAAUGGCUCAGCAAGACGCUCAAAACGGCGGGUCGGAGAAUGCCGCUGCUGCUGCUACGGUGUCGUUUGUCGCUGUGAAGCCGCAGCUCCUCGUCGAAGCUCCCAAAGCCAACGACGCCAUUCUGUUCUUCAAGGCUGCGUUUGGCGCUGAGGAAGUUGGCCGUACGCUCAACCCUAAGCGCAAAGCUGAGCACGAGCUCCCUCUCAUACUCUCCGCAGAACUCAAAAUCGCUGGCUCCACCAUUCUCGUCGCCGACCUCGUUGAUGACACUUCUUCGCCAGCAAAAACGGGGGGAAACGGUGUCGUUUUGUGCUUGGAGACGGAGGACGUGGAUGGGGCAGUAGCUAAGGCGGUGAGCGCUGGUGCAGUUGCGGAGGGCGAAGUAGCGGAAGGUGAAGUCGCGUGCUGCGGCGGGCGCGUGGGGAAGGUUAAGGACCCGUAUGGCUUCGUUUGGCUCUUCUGCACUCCCGGGAAGAAGUGUGCUGACGUGGAGGCUUAAUGGCCUUUGAUGUUGUUCUGAGUCUAAUUGUUUGGAUUAUCAGUUUUAGUUGUAGAAUUGAUUAGGGAAAGGUCGUACGUGUCUAGUUAAGACAUUUCUCUUCUUCAGUCUUUCAGUCUUUUAUAUCUAAGUGGGAUUAGUAUUAAUCUAAUGGUUACGCGUGUAUUUCUAUUUUGAAUAUUUUGAAGUGCUUCUCUCUCGUUUGUCAUUAGACUCAUUAUGAAUGACAUUAGUUGUUGACACAUUAAAAUAGUCAAAUUUAUCUUCUCUUUUGAA